AUGGUUGCCUCUUCUAAAAAAAAAAAGAAAACGCCGCCGUCAUAUAUCUCUCCUUCUCAAAUCGGAUUUGCGCUCUCUCACGCCAAAACGCCGCAGCUUCUCCUCCCUCCCUUCUCCUCCCGUCGUGUCUAUUCACAACGAGAAUCGCCCGUCGCCAUAAAUCUCUCAUCUUCUCUCACAAGAAAGCUCCAUCACGCCAUCACCCUUCCUCACCGCCGCCUGCAACUGCACCUCCGCGAGCCGCCGUCGCUGCUGCACUCCUCCGCGAGCCCUCCUCCUCCGGCGAUACACCCAGCAGCAGCGCGCCUGAGAUUCCCCGAGUCCAGCAGUGACGUCUUCUUCCUGUUCGUGCGCACCACCAGCCCCAUCGUGCGAUUAACUCCAGCCCUUCGAUCGCCCGUCGUCCCCUCAGUUCAUCGCCGGGACCAUCUGUGCGGGAUUCCUCUGUCCGGGCAAGGAUUCUUCCAGUGA